AUGCGGACCAUCAACUUGCUUGUCGGAGUAACAUCUCUACUCCAAUCUUCUGCAAUUGUUCAGGCUUUUCCAAUUGCACAGGCCAACAGCAACAGCACUAUGCCUGCCGCUACAUCCGGCUACAAGAAUGUUGCGUACUUUGUCAACUGGGCCAUUUAUGGGCGCAACUACAAUCCACAGGAUCUCCCAGCCGAAGAACUGACCCAUGUUCUCUACGCCUUUGCUGAUGUCCGGGAUACUGGCGAGGUUUUCCUGACCGAUUCUUGGUCUGAUACCGACAAGCACUAUGCCAAUGACUCGUGGAACGAUGUGGGAAACAACGUCUACGGGUGCGUCAAGCAGCUGUUCCUGCAGAAGAAGCGCAACCGCAAUCUCAAGGUCCUCUUGUCCAUUGGUGGAUGGACCUACUCUUCUCAUUUCGUGGUGCCUGCUUCUACUCCAGAGGGGCGAGCAAAGUUUGCGAGCAGCGCCGUUGCCAUCUUAGCCAACGUCGGAUUCGACGGCCUCGACAUUGACUGGGAAUAUCCUGCAGAUGCAACACAGGCAAACAACAUGGUGCUUCUCCUAGCAGCCGUCCGCCAGGCACUCAACGACUACUCCAACGCGUACGCCAACGGCCAACACCUUUUGCUGACGGUUGCGUCUCCUGCGGGUCCCACACACUACAACACAAUGAAGCUCGCGGCCAUGGACCAGUACCUUGAUUUCUGGAACCUGAUGGCCUACGACUACGCUGGUUCCUGGGACAGCUACGCCGGCCAACUCGCCAACUGGGCCCCCUCUGCCUCAAACACAAACAGCACCCCCUUCAGCACCGUCAAGGCGAUCACCGAUUACGUAGCCGCCGGCGUGCCUGCCUCAAAAAUCGUCCUUGGAAUGCCGCUCUACGGCCGCUCCUUUGCCAACACAGCCGGCCCCGGCACUCCCUUCCAGGGCGUCGGCCAGGGCACGUGGGAAACCGGCGUCUACGACUACAAGGCCCUGCCGCAGGCUGGUGCCCAGAUCUACACCGACAUGCAGAUUACCGCCAGCUGGACCUAUGACAGCAACAGCAAGCUCAUGAUUAGCUACGACACGCCUGAGAUCAUUGCGCGAAAGUCACAGCUCAUCAUCCAGAAUGGGCUUGGCGGCGGCAUGUGGUGGGAGAGCUCAAGCGACAAGAAGGGAAGUGACAGUUUGAUUUCCACUUAUGUUAAUGGCGUCGGCGGCAUUGGCGCCCUCGAACAAUCUCCCAAUCUCCUCAGCUACCCCCAGAGCAAAUAUGAUAAUCUGCGCGCGGGAUUACCCAACAACUAAGUGAGAAUCCCUCACUUACUUUACGCCCCUUGGCUCUCUUU